UGUAUAAUUCAGUCAAAGGGUCGAGUGCUUGUGUUCUUGAUCUGCAUGGAGCUUCGGCUUCGAUUCGACAGUGGUAGCGGAAAAUGGAUAGCCUAUUCCGGUUAGGCGCAGAUUUCUCCAGAGGCGGGUUCCAUUUCGGGCCAGGCUGGUGUGUAUCUGGCACAACGAACGUCGCGACCGUUCCCCCUACCAUCGACGACUUCACCUUCUCAGCAUCCCUUGAACCGCUUUACAUCUCUGUGACAAUCUUGCAUAGACACAACUUGAUUACUAGGGGCUGAUAGGGCCUCAUCUGCUGCAAUCACUAUCCCUCUCACGCUCAAGGGAGCAUACUAUCCGCCAUGGCUACCGCAACGAAAUCCCAAUCUCAUGCACUGUUUCAAAAGUUGAAGACUAAACCUGCGAACAAGGUAUGCUUUGAUUGCGGCUCCAAGAAUCCGACCUGGUCGUCAAUCCCUUUUGGCAUCUACCUUUGCCUUGAUUGCUCCGCAAACCACCGAAACCUUGGAACACAUAUCUCCUUUGUUCGCUCAACUAACCUUGAUCAAUGGUCAUGGCACCAACUACGAUUCAUGAAAGUCGGCGGAAACGAGUCGGCCACAAAGUACUUCCAAUCCCACGGCGGGUCUGCUGCGUUGGCCAGCAAAGAUUCAAAAGUCAAAUACGAGUCAAACGCCGCAACUAAAUACAAGGAAGAAUUAAGGAAGCGCGUGGAGGCGGACACUCGAGAGUAUCCUGAUGAGGUAGUGAUAACGGAUAUUGCUACUCCAGCUUCGGGCGAAGGGUCCGCAACUCCUUCUGGCGACUCCGGCGACGACUUCUUUUCAUCUUGGGAUAAACCCGCCAUAAAGCGACCCAGCAAUCCUCCAUCUCGAACUGCGACGCCCCCUGUCGUUAGUCGUACUGCAUCUCCUUUCCUCAAUCCCGGUGCCAAUGGCAACGGCAACCCGCGACCAACCUCACCUCUUGUGUCUUCGGAAACUUCUUCAGCCCCAGCAACCCGGACAACUUCCUCUGCCGCCAUCAGAAAGAAUACGCCGAGUGGUGGCCCUCGAAAAGCGAAUAUCCUUGGCGCUAAGAAGACUCAGAAGCUCGGAGCGAAGAAAGUCUCUGGAGCUGAGGCUAUCGAUUUCGACGCCGCGGAAAAGAAGGCCAAGGAAGAAGCCGAGCGGAUCGAGAAGUUGGGCUAUGAUCCCGAGGCCGAAGCCGCACAAGCUCAAGCCGAGACCAAGACUUCAGCUUCCACAGAAAAGCCGAGUAUUGGAAGCCCUGCCCCGAUGAGUCCGCCAAGAGGUGGAACCGCGCAGCGUGAGCGAGGCAGUGGAGAAGUUGAGAGGCUUGGCAUGGGCAUUGGGCGCUUGGGCUUUGGACAAGUGGGAGCAAGCAAGUCUGCCGCUGCACCUAAGAAAAUGGGCUUCGGAUCUACGGGCUCAAGCAGAGCGACUCCGGCAGACGAUGAAGACUCAGAAAUUACCUCGAAAUUUGGCAGCCAGAAGGGCAUUUCGUCCGAUGAGGUGUUUGGACGUAACCAGUUUGACCCAACGGCUCAGUCGGAAGCUCGUACUCGUCUCCAAGCGUUUGAUGGGGCAACGUCAAUUUCAAGCAACGCAUAUUUUGGACGACCCGAAGAAGACGAGGCUGCUGCGGAGGCUGCCGGCAAUUACGGCAACCUUGAAGAUGCGGCAAAGGAUAUCAUUCGACGUUAUGGUAUUACGGCUAGCGAUGAACUCGAGAGCGUCACGCAGGCGCUCGGCGAGGGCGCGGUUCGAUUGCAAGGGGCCUUGCGCAACUACUUUAACAGCUAAAUUGAGAUAUCACAAUGAUACUAUGUUUUUUGCAGUAUAUCAUGUUUUUUAAAUCCCCUUUUCGCCCUCUACUUCCAUGAUCCAUCCCUCGAUGCACCUCAUUUUGAUAUUGAUGCCACUGGCAACAAAGUCCCUAAUCCACGUACGCCGAUUUUACGAUCUUGACAAGCUUUUUAUUUUAAAAUUUUAUU